AAAUAAAAUAGUAGUAUUAAUCCACAGACAUCAUAUAUAAUAGUUAAACACCGACAGGGAACAUCUUACUGCGCAAUAAGUACGUUCACUUUUAUAGUAAAUGUAGGUGAAAUCAGCUCAUCCAGUAAAACUCAGCAGUAAUGGUGACGCUGCUGCUGCGUGUCGUCCCGCCGCUCUGCCAGCAGGGGGCGCCUCUCAGCAGAGCUCAGCAGCCUCAGCUCCUGCGCGCUGACAUCCACCUCUGUCGGACUUGGAUCAGCAUCUGUCGGCAGCUCUCCUCCAGUUGGAUCCCCCCACACGUCGCGCCUCAGACGCAUGGACGCACCUCGCCUGUUAACUUCCAAGCUGCACAGAUAUUUCCCGGCGUCGGAGAGGGGGAGGAUUUACUGAAGAACAUGGAAAAGGAGAGAAGAACCUCCAAACAGUACGGCUCUCUGGAGAGGACGCAUGUGGACGCGGAGAAAUCAGAGGAUGUCAUUUCCAUGGCUGACUCCACGAUUACAGUCGAGGACAUUGAAGGGGAGCUGUGCAAAAUUGAGCGGAUAAGAGACAUCCUCGUACGGAGAGAGUCAGAGCUGAGAUACAUGAUGGACGACAUCCAGCUCUGCAAAGAAAUCACGAGGUUGAAGACGGAGCUGCAGAAACUCGUCUCAAUCCCAGACAAGGACAAGUCUAAGGAGGACCGGGAGAAGGAGGAGGAGCUGCUGAAGCAGAUCAACAAGCUGGUGGAGACCAGGGACUUCCUCGUGGAUGAUGUGGAGUUUGAAAGGCUGAGGGAGCGGGAGGAGGACAGAGAAAUGGCAGCCUUCUUGCAGUCCAAAUUUCCCAAGUCGCUGGCUGCUAAAGGUGAUCCGCAAAAUCAGAAGGUAGCGUCCAAAUCCCAGCAGACGUCGGCGCCGUUUAUCACUAAAACUGGACUCACGCUCCUCAAAGACUGCUGCGGCUUCACCUGCUCCGUCAUGUAACACGGACGGUUCUACCUGCCUCUGCAUGAGUGUGUGUGUGUGUGUGUGUGUGUGCGUGUGUGUGUGUAUUGUGUGUCUGCACUGUAACAAAGAUGACCUGUUUUAGUCUUGAAGUGAUCACACGCUCAUCAUGUAAGAGACACGUAUUAUAAUACAUUAUGUGAUUUGCUACUGUGAUGUCUUGCAGCGAGCGCGCCGACCGGCUCAUAGUAUACUAAUGGGUUCUGUCCAAUUAGUAUAAUUACAUAUUAUUAUGGCUGCCAUGCCCGUCUAUUUGUGAUGUAUUAGACACCAUAAGAGUAGAAGUGGCUGAGGGGACAGGCGACACUCGCUAAUCUCCCAGAGCCACUUGCUGUAGUGCUGUAGCAGAUCUGCAUUAUAAUAACACGGUUAGGACGGCAGACGGUGAUUACUUUUAAUAAGUUUAAGAUUCUUUUUCAUCAUGCAACUCAUCGUUUGGUGUAGAAAAUGAUCCGGUAGCUGCGCACUAGAGGAGAGAUACAGUGUUUGGAGGAAAAAUAAGAUGAAGAUCUUGUAUUGAUAUGAUAUAUUGGCUGUUAGAUGUAGACAGAGUUGAACAAAUGUGAUCAAUAUUCAUGCAGAAGGCAUAAAUAUUGCUCAUGCAGCAGUCCACAACUUAAACCAAAGUCUGUGUCUGAACAAGAUGUAAUCACACAUUAAGUCAUUUGCCUUACAGUUGGUGUUUUGGGGAAAAAAAAAAAGAUUUUCACAUACAUGGUGAAAAAAAAAUUGUGUCUGUGAUCUGAUGUGUUCUCGUGUGACUAUGACUGUAGAACUCUCUGCAGUGCUGCUGUAAUAAAGUCUUUAAUGCUU